UGUCUUCAACUCGUCUUGUCGAAGCCAGAGUCGCGAGCAAGCACCAGUAACCCUCACAGGCCGACGAUUGCUGGACGACGCCGAGUUCCACACCUACCGCGCAUCUGGGUCCUGUGAUAAUGCCGCUGGCCAACUGACCGCUGCCGCCCUGCCGCCGAUCCGCGCAUGCUGUCCUCGUAAUAGGCAAGCCCGCAGCCCGCAGCCCGCAGCUCCAAGGCCUCGGCCUCUGUUGCCCCCCAUCCGUCGCCCUCUUGCUGCGGAUGGCCUGUCUCUCCCGCCAACCCCGCCUCCCGACGUGACCCGAAGUCCCCCCCGACCCCCAUGAGCUCACUCAAGUUCGUCGUGUCGUCCUUGGAGGCGAUCGCCAAGGAGGCCCAGCGGAACAAGCAGCUGUCCGAAUCCGUCCAGACUGCGCUCGCCGCCAUCAAAGAAAGCGACCCGGACCUCCCGGAUCCCGAGCUCAUAUUCGCUCCUCUACAGCUGGCCACCAAGUCUGGCAGCGUGAGCCUGACGACCACAGCCCUCGACUCCAUUGGCAAGCUCACGUCGUCGUCCUACUUCUCCCAGUCUGAGACGCAGGAAACCCCCGACCACAUCCCCCUGAUAGAGCGCGCGAUCGACACGAUAUGCGACUGCUUUCAGGGCGAGACCACCCACGCCGACGUCCAGCUGCAGAUUGUCAAAUCCCUACUUGCUGCUGUUCUCAAUGAUAAGAUCAUCGUCCACGGCGCGGGCCUUCUCAAGGCCGUCCGCCAGGUCUACAAUGUGUUCCUCUUGUCACGGAGCCCCGUGAACCAGCAGGUCGCGCAGGGCACGCUGACACAGAUGGCAGGCACUGUCUUUGAGCGUGUCAAGACCAGACUGCACAUGAAGGAGUCGAGGGUCAACCUUUCCAAACUGAAGCACAGCACGAGCAAUGUGACGUUCGGACCCCCAGAGUCUCUCAGCGACGAUUUCGAUGACGCCGACGCCGUGGACGGUGUCUCGGAAGCAGACCCAUCCGAGGCGCAUGAGGACAGCGCCGCAAAGCUCACACUCAAAGAUCUCGAGCGAAUAAAGAACUUUGACGACUCUAGCCUGGGUGACGCGCCAACAAAAGUCAGUCAGGUCAAGCCCGCCAAGAGGCCAGCAAGGUCCAUCUCGGAGCAGACACAGGGCGACAGCCCUGCCGAGGACACAUCGGAGGCGCUUGACGCCGAGGACGAGGUGUACAUACGUGACGCCUACCUCGUCUUCCGCUCUUUCUGCAACCUGUCGACAAAGAUAUUGCCCCAGGACCAGCUCUACGACCUCAAGGGUCAGGCGAUGAGAUCGAAGCUGAUAUCGCUCCACCUUAUCCACACCCUCCUGCACAGCAACAUUGCAGUCUUUGUUUCUCCUCUCUGUGCCAUCACCAACACCAAAAGCAACGAGCCGACAAGCUUUCUGGAUGCCAUAAAGUACUACCUAUGUCUCAGCAUCACGAGGAACGGCGCAAGCUCCGUGGACAAGGUCUUCGAAGUCACCUGCGAGAUCUUUUGGCUAAUAAUAAAGUUCAUGCGAGCAUCUUUCAAGAAAGAGAUCGAGGUCGUUCUGAACGAGAUCUACCUGGCGUUGCUGGCAAGGAAAAACGCGCCCAUCUCUCAGAAAACCUACUUCGUCGGCAUCCUCAACCGCCUAUGCGCCGACCCCCGUGCUCUGGUCGAGGUGUAUCUGAAUUAUGACUGCGACCGCAAUGUGGAUAACAUCUUUCAGACUAUCAUUGAGGAUUUAUCCAAGUUCGCCACCGCUCCAGUGCCCAUCACUUCUGCCCAGGAGCAGCAGUUUGAGGAGAAGCACUCCAAAGGCAACCUGGCGACCGACUGGGAGAUGAAGGGUGCCAUGCCCCCACCGCUCUCUGUAAGUCAUAUCGCGCCUCCAAGCGAGAUCGAGUCCGAUAUUCCUAAGGAGUACGCCAUGAAGAGGAUUUCCCUGGACUCGCUCGUCGAGGCUCUCCGGUCGCUCGUCAACUGGUCUCAAGCUGGCCGCCCAGACGCAAAUGUGCGCGCCCCAACCGAAGGAGACAGAGGGGCGUCCCUGGAGGACAUCAGGGAGUCUAUCGACCCAUCGUCCAUAAGUGACGCCUUAUCAAGAGGAGACACACCGGCGCUACCGUCGACCCCGGUUAUUGACGAUGACCCCGAGCAACUGGAGAAAGAAAAGGCCAGAAAGACAGCCAUGACGAACGCGAUCAAAGUCUUCAACUUCAAGCCCAAGAAGGGCAUUGCCUUGUUACUCAAGGACGGGUUCGUACCCAGCGAUUCCCCCGAGGACAUCGCUCGUUUCCUCCUACAGGAAGAGCGGCUGGACAAGGCCCAGAUAGGAGAGUAUCUUGGUGAGGGCGAUGCCAAGAACAUCGAAAUCAUGCACGCAUUCGUCGACCUGAUGGACUUCACCAAGCGCCGCUUUGUGGAUGCUCUACGGCAGUUUCUGCAGUCGUUCCGGCUCCCCGGAGAGGCGCAAAAAAUCGACCGCUUCAUGCUCAAGUUCGCCAACCGCUACGUCAUGGGCAACCCCAACGCUUUUGCCAACGCCGACACAGCCUACGUUCUGGCCUACUCCGUCAUCCUGCUUAACACGGACUUGCACAGCAGCAAAAUCGCCAGGCACAUGACCAAGGAAGAUUUUAUCAAGAACAACAGGGGUAUCAAUGACAAUGCCGACCUUCCAGACGAGUAUCUGCUGAGCAUCUACGACGAGAUCGCCUCCAAUGAGAUCGUCCUGGACAGCGAGAGAGCCGCCGCCGCCGCCUCGGGCACGGUGCCUCCUCCGGCGACGGGCGUCGUGGCGGGUCUAGGGCAGGCCUUCUCCAAUGUUGGCAGAGAUCUCCAAAGGGAAGCCUACGUUCAGCAGACGGAAGAAAUCUCGCUCCGGUCCGAACAACUCUUCAAGAACCUUUUCAGGACCCAGCGCAAGAACGCCGAGAUGGCUGGCAUGCGCUUCAUCCCGGCGACUUCUUUCAAGCACGUGGGCCCCAUGUUUGAUGUGACAUGGAUGUCCCUGUUCUCAGCAGUGUCCCACCAGAUGCAAAAGACGCUGAAUCUGGACGUUAUUAAGCUGUGCCUUGAAGGCAUGAAGCUUGCCAUCAAGAUUGCCUGCCUGUUUGAGCUCCCAACCCCACGUGAGGCAUUCAUCUCGGCGGUCAAGAACACGGCCAACCUCAACAACCCCCAGGAGGUCUUGGCCAAGAAUCUGGAGGCGCUCCGUGUGCUUCUCGAGCUUGGAUACACCGAGGGCAACUACCUGAGACAGUCGUGGAAGGACAUAUUAUUAUGUGUUAGUCAGCUCGAGCGACUACAGCUGAUGGCAGGCGGUGUCGAUGCGAACUCGGUCCCUGACGUGUCCAAAGCUCGAUUUGUGCCCCCCGCCAGGGAGAGCACAGUCGACCCGAGAAAGCCCAAAGCCAAGCAGCAUCGACCGCGGGCCAGCGCGGCGCCCCAUGGCCUUCCUGCCGACAUCGCAUAUGAAAUCGCGUCCGACGAGAUGAUAAAGAGCAUGGACCGUAUCUUCACCAACACGGCCACCCUCAACGGCGAGGCCAUUGGGCAUUUCGCGCGUGCCCUGACCGAAGUCAGCUGGGAUGAGAUCAAGGUGUCGGACAGCAACGACCAGCCGCGCAUGUACAGCUUGCAAAAGAUUGUCGAGAUCAGUUACUACAACAUGACGCGUGUCCGCUUCGAGUGGACCACCAUCUGGGAUGUCCUUGGCGACCACUUCAACGACGUCGGCUGCCACGUGAACGAGGCCAUUGUAUUCUUUGCGCUGGACUCGCUGCGCCAGCUGUCGAUGCGGUUCAUGGAGAUCGAGGAGCUCGCUGGAUUCAAAUUCCAAAAGGAUUUCCUCAAGCCUUUCGAGCACGUCAUGUCCAACUCGCACAACAUCCGCGUCAAGGACAUGGUUCUCCGAUGCCUGAUCCAGAUGAUCCAAGCAAGGGGCGAAAACAUCAGGUCUGGCUGGCGCACCAUGUUUGGCGUCUUCACUAUAGCCGCGCGUGACCCAUCUGAGAGCAUCGUGAACAUGGCCUACGAAAACGUCACCCAGGUCUACAAGACGCGGUUCGGUGUCGUCAUCUCCCAGGGAGCCUUCACCGACCUCAUCGUUUGCUUGACCGAGUUCUCCAAGAACAUGAAGUUCCAGAAGAAGAGCCUGCAGUCGAUGGAGACGCUCAAAUCUAUCAUCCCCCGCAUGCUCAAGGCCCCCGAAUGCCCUCUGUCGCACAAAUCGGCGUCGUCCGCACCGGGCGCCCCCGAGCCGCCUGUCAAGCCCUCUGGCCAGCAGAGCCGGACGUCGGUGGAGGAGGCGUAUUGGUUCCCCGUACUGUUCGCUUUCCACGACGUCUUGAUGACUGGCGAGGACCUCGAGGUCCGCUCCAAUGCCCUCAACUACUUCUUCGAAGCGCUUCUUCGCUACGGCGAAAAUUUCCCGCCCGAGUUCUGGGACACACUCUGGAGACAGCAGUUGUACCCGAUUUUUAUGGUCUUGCGGUCCAAGCCCGAGAUGUCCAACGUGCUCACGCACGAGGAGCUAUCAGUUUGGCUCUCGACGACCAUGAUCCAAGCCCUUCGGAACAUGAUCACCCUCUUUACGCACUACUUCGACGCCCUCGAGUAUAUGCUGGACCGAUUCCUAGAACUCCUCGCGCUCUGCAUUUGCCAAGAAAACGACACCAUUGCGAGGAUCGGGAGCAACUGUCUUCAGCAACUCAUUCUCCAGAAUGUGUCCAAGUUCACCCCCGAGCACUGGGCCAAGAUUGUUGGCGCCUUUUGCGAACUGUUCGAGCGGACGACUGCCUAUCAGCUCUUUUCGGCGACUGCGAUCAACUCGACCGCGUCCCUUUCCCCGCCACCCAGCGGACUGGACUUUGGUGGGCCCCUGAGCCCAGGGCUGGAAUCUCCCAAGCUGGACGAGAAGUCGCUCAAGAUUAACGGCUCUGAUGCGUUGUCCGACUCGGAGUCUGUCUCGGCCUCGGGAGCCCAAGACGGCAGCCAAGACACUCAGCAACCACCAACGAGCGAUGAAUCUGGAUCCAACUCGACACACACGGCAACAAUUACCGCUGCAACAUCAAUGCCAUCGCCACAGCUGGAGGACUACAAGCCGUCGAAUAAUUUGCAGCAGCAACCUGUGGUUGUGACGGCAGCACGCAGACGCUUCUUCAACCGCAUCAUCUCGCGCUGUGUUCUCCAGCUGCUGAUGAUCGAGACGGUGAAUGAGCUCUUCAGCAACGAGACGGUUUAUGCCCAGAUCCCUUCGUCAGAGCUUUUGCGGCUGAUGGGGCUGCUGAAAAAAUCGUUCCUCUUCGCACGACGCUUCAACAACGAUAAGGAGCUGCGGAUGCGUCUGUGGCGGGAAGGCUUCAUGAAGCAGCCGCCAAAUCUGUUGAAGCAGGAGAGUGGGUCUGCUGCCACAUACGUGUCCAUCCUGUUCCGCAUGUUCGCCGACCAGGCUCCAGAACGCCGGGACAGCAAGGCAGAUGUGGAGAACGCCCUGGUCCCUCUGUGCAAGGACAUCAUCAAGGGCUACAUCGCGCUCGAAGAAGAGAGCCAGCACCGCAACAUACUGGCGUGGCGACCGGUCGUUGUCGAUGUCCUGGAUGGCUACGCGGCGCUGCCCGAGGCGGCGUUCCGGAACCACGCCAAAGCCUUCUACCCCCUGGCCGUCGACCUGGUCUCCAAGGAGCUCAGCGGCGAUCUGAGGAACGCGUUGCUCCUCGUGCUGAGGAGGGUGGGCGAGUUCGAGCUCGGGAUCGAGGGCAUGGCCUCGUCGAACAGGGGCGGUGGGCACAACCGCAGGGAUAGCGUCCUGACCAUGUCGACCGAGGGAGGUGGCGCCAACGCGGUCGAGGUCGAGAGUGGGGAUGCUAGCAACAGUUUCAUGGGGCGGCAGUCUUAGUGGAAAGGCGGAGGUCGGCAUAGAGUCGGCCCUUGUAUUAGCGUUUUUGACCUUGUUUUGCGCUUGUCGAAAAGCAUCAAUGGAGGCAGCGACCAUCGUUUGGGGUGGGGGUAUCAAGCGAACGGCGUAGAGCUGCUGCACUUGAUAGACACUGAAGAGUUUGCAUUCAUUCUUGGCAAUCCCUUUUUUUUUUCGCUUCUUUGGGGCAGCCAUUGUAAAUUUCUCUUAUCUUGUUUUAGAAGCCAAGACUUGAGUGGUCGUCAAGGCAAAGAUUUCACCAAGUUUCAAUC